AUGCUUCCAAUCGACGACAUCACUCUAAUCCCUUUCUACUCCUAUGCACUUUCGAUUAUUUCGAAGGCGGAGUACAACAGGGACGAAUACGAAAAACGUUUUCUGGAAACAGACGAACAUGUGGUGCGAUUCCUUGAAAAUUGCGCGGAGGAAGAUAUGGAGCGUGCGCUCAUUAACGAAAUUGCUCGCUUAAGAUCUCUUCGCCCUGACGUCGAACCCGGAUUGAGCAACAGCUCCAUCCGUGUCCCUGAGGUUGACACAGGAGACAAUCUUGCCGAACUGAACACGGCAAUGAAAGCUGAACUGGCAGCAAUGGAGAGCGAGCUGCUUGAGCAUUGGAAGACCCGUCGUGCUGAAAUAGCUCGAAAGCACGGGUAUGAAGUGAAGUCCUUGGCUCCUGCGAAGCUACCAUUUCUUCGCAAGAAUACCGGAAAGGUUACCGGCUUUAAUGUCUUCCAAAAAGAACUCUACUGCGAACAAGAUCGUAAGCGAUACAAAGAGGAUCGUACCCAAAUGGGUAACAUAAUGAAAGAAAAGGCUUUGAUGUGGAAGACACUGUCCUGGAAGGAUAAGACUUUCUACAAACAAAAGGCCGAGCUUCGUAACAAGCAGCUUUCUGUUUCGGAUCAGCAAAAGAGGGAAAACAGAUUUUUGAAGCUUUCAAAUCUCCUCCACCGUAAUUUGACCAUGCUUCAAGAAGAGUGCGGUGUGGAAAGCAUUUGUUUUGUUGCACCAAAUGACAUCAACACAUCUAUUUAUCCAGAUCGAGAUGGAUAUGGCUCCGUCGACAACACUUCUGUUGAACCACCUUCUUCCUCCUCCUCCGUCUCCUCCUCUUCAUCCGUCGCCACGCGCGUUCCUCCACCGCCAUCCUCCACCGCCUAUGAAACGCAUACUGCGAUGUCCCCAGCAACACUUCAGCAUGGUGAAGAGCAAAACCUGAGGAAAUUGAUCUUAAACAAGUAUAGACAAGCGGUUCUGGAAAAUUACCAAAAGGUGAUCGCUGAAGGAGCAAGAAUGCCAUGGCAUGACAAACAAAUGUAUGCCGAUAUUGUCAUGCUAGGCUGGCCUGAGGGUACCGAACGCAAUCACCCUAGCUGUUUACUUCAGCAUGAACGAGCUGAAAUAGAGAGACGAUUGGUUUCCAGUGAAAUUAGAUUUGUAAAGGCGUCACAGCAACAACAGCAACAAGAUGAAUAA